AUGCUUUUACCAAUGAAUAGUUUUAAACAUAAUCAUUAUUAUGAUAACGAUCUCACUGUAGAAUAUUCAAAUAUUCCUAUUACACCUGUCCUUUCAAAAGACAUAAGCAUGAUGGAAAUUGAUCCUAUUGAAGAAAGUUCAUCCAAUAACCUUGAAAAAGAGAAAA